AUGGCGAUGCUGGGGCGGUCCGAGGAUUCUCUGAACGCCUUUACUCGGGAUAUGCUGUCCCAACCCUCUGAGGCCAGGAUGAAUCGUCAGCUCAAAAGCGCCAGUUCGAGAGCUCUAAGUGUCAGCACUCUGGGGGAGUCGAUCGAUUUCAAUCGGGCAGACAGCUGGAGUUGUAAGUUUCAUCCCAAUUUCUCAUUACAUACCUAGCACUUUAGAAGUAAACUUUAGACCUUUUUCCAGGUGAAAGCCUGCAAAAUCUAAGUCCUAGCAAAACGGCAGACGUCCGUGUUGAGAAAUGCGGAGAUAGAACCUCUCCCGCCUCUUGUGGGCAAAAAAGACUGUUCUACAUUCCCAGCCCAUUUGGUCACUCUCUUCCGGUUUCAUUCAUAAUGACUGAGGACUUUAAUAUCAAUCUAGGAUUUUUCAGCACACUAUUUGUCUCCUGGAGAUAAAACAUAACGUUCGGGAGCUUCGAACGGAGGAAGAUAAGCAGUCAUGGGUUGUUGAGUUUGACUUCUUUAUCACUGUCUGACUGUAAAUUGUAAAGAUAUGGUAUUUACGAAGUUAUUUUGAUAUAAACCGAUAUCGAGGGCUGUUAAAAUUUAUUAGCUCAGAACCAGAAGACUUUUUGACUGUGGUAGAGACCACUUAAAGUUGUGGUGAAGUCAAAUCUACUAUUUAAGGCUAAUGGGGCGAUUAUCUUUUCAAUUCGCACGGAAUUCCACUACAUACUAAUUCUCAUGUUCGUCCUUUAGUUAGUGUUGUUACUUGUGCUCCGGUUUGGCUUGCCGUUCAAAGUGAGGAGGAUAGUUGAGUCUGCCUAUCGUAGUCCCACUUCCUUAUGCAGCCAGUAAACCAGCAAACGGGUGAAAUUAGAUAAAAGCUGAACAAUCAAAGGAGUAAAUGCGUAAAAUCUUUUAUCCGCUGAAUCAGGUAAUAGGAGUUCUAGCAAAUUUUAGAUACUAUGGUCUAUUAGGGAAAAGUUGGUAUUAAGGAAGUUUUGAGUGUAUAAGGGAAGGGAAAUUUACUAGGUUCCCGCAUACUGAAGCAGUUUCAUAGUGUUCAAGACGUCCACUCGACUUCUUUUAAUAAUAUCUUGGUAACCGAAAGUCUGUCAAAAAAGCACUUCAUCUUGUAUUUAUAAGAAGACAUUUGACAAUUAUGAGUCAUCGGACUUAUUCCAGAGACCAACUCGCCUCUAUUUAAAUUGAAAUCAAGUGUACAAAAUUAAACUUCCAGGAAUUUGUAUUUAGGAAGGAUUGGAUAGAAUGCAACCAUCAGUGAUCAAACGCUGCCGGUCUAUUAGCUACAUGACGGACUGGCCGUAAUAUCAAGUUGUACCUUGGGCGAUAUUUGCCAGUGUAUUGAGUAAGUAGUACAGAAAAAUACGGCAAGGCGUGAUGAGGCUAAACCAGGCUUUAAUCUCCUCAAGAAGGCUGUGGACGUGAGACGACAUCGUUAUCUCUCAGGGGACAACCUCCGUGGUUUGCCUAAAAAGAUGCACCCGAGCAUAGAACUUAAGUACUCUGGGACACGACAGUUCGGCCGUCGUAGCCAACGACGGCUACGACUUUACGCCCCGCAAUGAGCCGCGGCUCAUUCGACGAGAUCCGGCCACACAUUCAAAUUCGGCGAGGCUGAAAUUCUCGCAAGAGGUGACAACCGCGUGAGCCGGGAGCUACUUGAAUCGUGGUUUACUGGCCCCAGUCCAUUAACAAGUGCAAUUAUCUUCCCCAUCCAUACCCGGUGCUGAGACUUCGCCUAAGCGGAAUAAUUAGCCACGCGGAGAGAGCACAAGUGAACACUUUUCCCAAAUCCAGGGUCGGUGGGUCAGAUGGUCGAGCAAUCAUCACACCAACAUCCAAAGCACGUGAUGCAAUUGCAGCAAUUAACGACGCGAAUGAGAGCAAUCAAACAAUUAGCACACUAAGGGCUACGAUUCCGGAUGAAGAGGGGAGUCGUGAAUGUUCAUAGGUAUGCGGUAGCAUGGCGACUGCAUCCUAUAAAUACUGCAGCCCCUUCUGCAUGAACCAUCCAUAUCUGCUUUCUUCUCUGAUGAUGGGUUCGGGCAGAAAUCUGGAACGUCAGGCUAAUAAAGCCCUUGUCCCAGCAAGCGUGUCUUCUUCUUCAAGACCUAAACAGUCCCUCUUCACGUGCUACCUACGACCUGGCCCAUGUAAAACACACCAAGUUUUUGCACAAACGGGAUGGACGGCUCGGAUCUCGCAUGCAUGGGGGUUUCGUAGACGUUAUGCUAAGAGAAGGGACCAGUUAGCUUGACUCUCACCCCACCAGUUGGUCAUUCCAAAGAAACACACUCAGGGCCAACCUCGAGAUUUGAUUUGUAUCGUCAAUUGACAACCUUCCAACCCACUUCGCUUAUUGCGUCGUGCUAGAUUCAGAAACGCAAGAUUCAUUAUAAUGAGGAAUGUGCUAAAUUGUCUUAGGAACGGGGCUGCCCCCCACUUUACUCUCCCGUGCGCCAGUCGAUUGUCCGAGCCAGUCAAUCAGCUGACGUGGGGAUCGGGCACAGAGCUAAAACAGCCCGUCCAGGCGCGCCACACACAACGCACCAGGUUUUCACACGAAGAGGUUAGCAGCAGAAGGCGAUUGCUGUUGUCUCUAUGGUCUUUUUUGACAAACUUAUCUAUUAACUCACCUGUCAGGAGUGAUCCUAGUUCGUCAACCCCAAAGGAAGGUCUAUCACUGUAACUUAAGGCAAACUACACAGCCAUUCAGUACAAAGAGGAGGAUUCUGAAAUUAGGAAACAAAAUUCCAUAUUAAUUAAAGAACCAAUUUUACUUAAGCAAACCAUGCUUCUCCGGCUUCUAAAAUCUUUUUCCAACGGGCGUCUGAACUAACUGUUGCCUUGCCACAGAAUUACUCCGUCUCUUAAUUAGUUAACUGCCCAACCGGAUCAAAUAUAGUCGCUAGGUCUCUGUGGUAUUUGCUUCCAGAGGCAGUAGUGUCUGACUGGCCUUUGUUUGAUGUGCCAAUGGCAUUAGCGAACUUUUCCGUACGUCAUCGGUAUUCGGCCAUUUUAAUACUAAUUCCAGUUAUCUUACAGGGUUCGGUUUUUAUUGUAAGUCAUAAUUCGUUUCAACAAUGUCCUCUUUUAUUCCUGAGAACCCCCAUGAAUCGUUGUCUAGACCAUCAUGUGGUAUGCGCUUUGCCAGCUUCCUUUGCUUUUUCUGCAACCGUCAUGUGACCAUUACAGGUACGAACAGAAGCUUCGUAGUCUUUUUGGAAAAACCCCGAGUGCCAUCUGUGGGUUGGCUUUCAUACUGGUUUUGCUAUGAUCAUUCAUUCUAACGGUUUAUGAGGCUCUCUCAGAGUCCCUUUACAAGAGUUAUGCUGCUGGACCGGAGCUCUUGAACUACCGAUUAGUAAUUUGCUCCUCUGCGCAAGUGCCAAAUCAAUAUUUCUAGUGGGUUCAGUGUCACUCUUUAAAACAAGUAGCUUAAGUCACUUUGAAAAUAUUCGAUGCAUACGUUAAACCGAAAGAACCAGGAACGUAGCCAGGAGCUUCGUCGCCCAAGACAGCGGACCAACACACAAAAUAACUCAUAUUUGGUGCUGAAAAAGGAUUGAAAACUCAUAGCUUCAGCAAUCGGGCUUAACAAAGCAGGAACUUUACCGCAAAUAAGUCCAUUCACAUUAUGAAUAAACCUCACUUUGUAAAGUUCCAUUAGGGCAUGUUGAAGGGCUAUGCAUUGUUAAGGAAACUGCCAACAUUCACAGUUUCAUAUGCGAACAGACCCACGAAUAGAUUGGAUACUCACGCAAACCAGUGCGGUUAGGCGCCUGAAGCACUGGUCUGAUAGACUGAUGUUACUCUAAUAGAAAGUUCUCUCAGUUAAUGCCUGGAUGAAGAGAAGCGCACAUCUGCUCAUUGCUUAGUCUGUUGGGCCUUCAAAAACUACUAAGUUUGGUUUCUACUACUAAUUGACAAGGAUUUUUUCGGGGACCUUAAGUGCCGAUGAGACUCAUAAAGGUAGUCUUGUCUUAUCCAUAGACACACUGUCCUGGCAAAACGUCCAUUCAGUGCAUUCUGCCUAAUUUAUGCCACCAGUCUUUUCGCUCAGAAGUCUGUUCAUACAAUUCGGUUUUAUCCAUUUGACAGUCUCAAGAUCCCAGGAGCCUCGGCUCAUGUCUGCCUACUCAUCACCCACUCUGAACCUGCAAAACGCAUCAGGAGCCAAGGUAGGCGAUAGAGGAGUACAUUUAUUUAUUCCUGCUAAGAGUUUCAACGGCCUCCAUUCGACAACGGUAUUCCACUGCCCUACAAUUUCUAAAGUCGUAAAGUGCAGUCAUUCACUGGAAACAAAAAACGUGUUGCUCCUGGCUAAAAUACUGCGGCAAACUUGGUUAGUUCAUGGACAAUUUUCGAAAACUAGUUCAGGAAUCUUUCAAGAGCCAAUGUAAGCUAAACUGGUGGCAAGCAUCUAGGUACCUGCACUCAUAGACCUAAGGGGUGUUUCGAAAGUUCAUUAAAAGAUAGUUUAAUUGUUCAAAGAAAGCUCGGCAAGAUCUCAUUUCGUAGCCGUACCUGUUAAGGGUUAGGGGUCAGGGUUAGGGGUUGGGGGUUGGGGUAAGGGGCUAGGGGAUGGGGUAACGGGUAAGGGGUUGGGGUAAUGGGUUAGUGUUUAGGGGAUAGGGUUAGGGUUAGGGGUUAGGCUGGGGCUUGUUUACUGUAGGUACGACUAUGAAAUGAGAUCCGACCGAAAGCUCUGUCUUUCCAGAAUAUUAUGCCUCGGUAUAUGCAUUUAACAUAAAGUGGGGUUCGCGGACUUCUAAUGCCUCAUUAGCUCUAACUGUUAAAGUCCGGUAUGGGAUGAUCGCGGUCAGUCCCAUAUACAAACUCCUAAUUUGCUUCUUGUCUUUAAAGGCAAAACAACGGAAACUGUUCACUAGAAAAUCAGUGAAGGAUCUGGGGUAGAUAGUACAAUUCGUGAUUUUGCGACUGCUGGUAUAAUAAAUAAAAUGUGGCCAACCAAACAGCACGCUUCGCUCAGAAAAAACUCAAAGACGGGCCUGUUUGAGACGUAUUUUAUACAUAGAUGACGUUCAUUCACAUGGCCCAUAUCAAUGGUUGGUGACAGUAGACGAUCGUCAGAAUCCACAUAGAAUUAAGGCUAAUUUCUAAUCAGUGCAAGCAAGCAAGAUCACUACCAACUGGGAAGGUGGAAACCAGGCCUUGUAUUGGAAGCCGAUUUUGUCAAUCCCUCUUUGCAAUCGCCGUCAUUAUCGCCUAGACCAUCUAUGACUGCCUUAAAAAUCAUACUGCGACCCUACCGUAAAGGCUAACUACUAAUAAACCCUUUUUAAUGGCAGUAAAAGACUCGCAGAGAGUAAGCAAUGGCGUAUUAACUCGUAACUAACGCGUUUUAGACGAAAAUGUGCGAGUCGGGCAACUGGAACGAGGCAUACGACAGUCCUGUGUUUACGCAAUUCGCCCUUCAGUCAAGUUCGAUAACUGAGGUAAGAAUUACAUUGAAAUGUUAGCGCCAACUACGAAACUCCGCUAUAUUCGUACUCUUCUUUGUGGUUUUGUGACCCCAGUGGCAGUUCAACUGUUCGGAUCAGCAAGGCAAUUUUUUAAUAUAAACGGGAUUGUUGACACAAUAUUAAUUAUUUCAAAAACAAUGAACAGGUCUAAAGAGAAUUUAUCGAACGUAAAUUUUUUUUUUCAAAUGUUCAAUGGGAAUUUUCGCAAUUCUAAAAUGGUGACCCCUUUGAUUUACAUAUUCCGCAAUCUUCCACGAGGUUUUCAGGUUUUACUCCCCCGAAUUGCCAUUUAUUACAUCUCAACUGACAACUGCGUUUGCAGUGGCACAAAACGUUUUGCUGGGUUCGUAGUGGACUUUUCUUAGAGGGAGAACAAAAGAAAACUAAUCUUCACUUUUGAUUUUUUCCCCCAGCGUCAAGAGCAGGAAGUUAACAGGUAUUUGGCCGCUUAUGCACGCGGUUCCCUGCCAAAAAUCCCAAAAGACUACAUUGACGAUUUCCCCCAGGGUCUUGCAAGGGGAAAGGCGACCUUUCUAGACGCCCUUGCGGACUCGAGUGCCACCCAGACAAGCAAUCCGGCAACUGUGUUGACGAAGGGUGACCCUAAUGUAAGUUAUGUCGCUCAACUUAUGAUCAAUUUGUAUUUAAAUACGUAAGGGGAAUUUGAGCAAAUACAUCAUAUGUGUGUGGGUGCUCAGAUGCACGAUCGAAGUCGGAAGAGAAGAACAUUUCUGUGGGAUUUCAUGCCUUGAAUCUAAUUAAAUAGAGAGGCCCCUGGAGGAAAUACACUAAGACUGUGUCAUUCCAAGGAUGAAGUCGCUUUAUCAUAUAAUGUCCUGACUCAGCAUUGGGUGAGUUCAGUACACUACUUACAGAUUUACCUAUCCUCCGCAGGGCAAUAUAUAAUUAUAAAAUGUUCCACAUCACGCUGCAAUUUGUACCCAAAAGCUCAGUAAGAUGUUUUUCAGAAAUUUAUGCGCAGCAACUAUCCGACGCAUCUAUGUUACUUGGUCAUCGUACUUCACUGGCUUUUCAAACUCUCACUAGUAUCCACUUGCGCGUGAACUACUGUAUAGUGGUGUCAGAUUUACGCAACAUCUGCUGCAUUGUCUCCUUCCUCACUCACCUCGGCCUGGCGGAAAGAUAGGUUCAGGACGACCAGAUGCUUGCUCGGGCGCAGUGGCUGAGAAUGAUGAACAGUCUGUCUGUGUGUGCCACACACUUCUUGGUCCCCGCUCAAUGUACCGGGUUUUUAUAGAAAGGUGACUCGAUCUCCAUCUGAGUUUGAGUGCUAUAGAGGUCAUAUGAAGAAGGGGCCAUUGAGCCCCGCCCUCAGUCCUCGAGCUAGUCACCUCACGCAUACACACACACACGCGAAAUUUCUACUGUCGAUUCCGACAAUGUCCACCGUGUGCUAGGCAGCUAGGUGCAGCAGGCACGGUGACUUGCGCGUGAAUUAGUUUAUAGUGAUAGUCGACCUGCGCAUCAUCUACCGCACUCUCUCUUUACCACUCCCCGCCUGAAUCCGAUUUCAGGACAGAGUCAAGAAGAUCGGAGGCGAGGGAGGACGCAGGUGGAUGGCACGGUUGUGCCUGCACCUUGGCGCUCCACUCCACCCCCCCCCUGACCUUCACAACAAAUAACCCGAUUUUUGACCAACAACAGCAAUGGUGGGCGGCAGAGGUUCCAGUGUGCGCGACGGCUUCCGGUAACCGUGUCUGUCACCGCAUCCCAAAAUGUUGACAGUUGUUAUGGUUUGCAAUCCGGAUAGCACCUGCCAGAACCCGAUGCGACCUCCGUACUGGUCCAGCGCAUCUAAUACGUGGCCAGUUAGUAGGGCACAACGCACACACAGUAAUGGCCACGAGAAUCGAGUUACCCCGUCAGUUGACAGCCUCCCAAACGACAACUUUUAACGAGCCAGAUUUUUUAUUGUGGGGAAUGUGCCGGAGUGCCGUGGGGAUGGAUCUCCUAGGCUCAGCCUUAAUGCACCAAUCGAAUUUCCGUACCUGUCAGCCCUCUGGUGUUUGGAUUGGGUGCAGUGGCUGGCAGAGGUCAACAGGUCGUCUACGUUUGCCGCACACUAUCUGCCUCUCGCGCAAUGUAUCAACUGUUAACAAAAACUUGCCGUUUAUGAUCUAUCAUGCAUGGGAGUGACGCACUAAGUAGGAGCCACUGAAUAAAAUUAUACUCGUCACUUUCUAUUGGAUGCAGGUCAUGACCUCUUUGGAGUUGAUCACUGUGCAGUUGUUUUUUCUACCUAAAGGGCUCCACGCAGGUUUGCGAAAUUAUAAUUUUCCGAACACGCCUCCCUUACUGUCCGCCAUGAUCUUCGACAGCUUUCUUGUUGUCCAGUAGUCAGCCGAAUUCAUGCGGCGGCUGUACAGUCCCGUCAAAUAGCGGGCAUGAUUCAGGUCCGAACACGUGCGUCAGCAGGACCAAGCCGUGCGCGAGUGAGGCCAUUGAUGAUGAAGUCACGCGAAAGCAGGUUGGCGCUGGAGUUGAGAGAUCAACCGACAGACUAGGUGUUUGAAAGUGGUUAACCGUGAUGGUGCACCUGAACAGUACUUUCCUGGCGCGACAAUCCGGCAGAUAGCGAAGUGGUGUGGCUGGGCUAUCCGGUACUGGUUGAAAGCUGGCAUAAGAGCGGACAUAAAGAUCUAACAACCAACUAUAGCUGACACAACUUGCAGGGUAUGUACACCUUUCUUUUAAGUCCAUUUUUGUUUAGACCGUCAUAUAUCACACCAAGAAUGAUUGACCAGGAGGUCCGCAGGCCCCAGAUGAUGUCAUUGAAGCGCACAUGAAUGACUCUUUGUGAUUUGUGAUACUACAAAGCCCUGAAAGUUUCUUUCAACUUCCCCAGUUGAAUCUUCUUUGGAGCUAAGACUCAAGCUGAACGGUCGACUUGCAGUUCAUAUAUGCUUAAGACUUCUUGCUGGUAGAACUCAGCUGCAGGUUGCUGUGACCUGCGUGCCUUCCCUUGGAAGGAAACAGCAUACAGACUGCAGCAAAAGGCCCGGGGAUUAUUUGUUAGUAAAGACACCCCCUUGUGUUUACCUGAUAAACCAAAAACAGAAUCAUAGGCAUGUACAGUGAGUGACCGAUCUCAUGAAAUGUUGGCUGAAAUUCUGAAAUGCGUUUUCGAUUAAGAAGGAUUACUUGGUCGCGGUUGUAAUACUACUUGUCUUGUGGCAUACUCUUAUAGCAUUUCGGACUUGGCAGGAUGUCAGCUUUUAAAUGCACUUCUUUUCAAUCUCCUGUAGAAAGCGUGUUCAGCAAAAAAUGACUACUUAAGUAGCAUGCAUUUUUCCCAUUGAUUUUCGAUGGUCUUGGAAAUUCAAAUAUAUCUUAUAGAAACCAUAAACAAAAAUAUCCUUUCUUUUAGUCAAUCAAUAGAAAAUCAUGUCUUCUUUAUAUUUUAUACUUAGGGAUGGAGUAUAAUUAUGAGACUUUAAUUAUGAGACUUUUUAAGACUGCGAAAUGUCCAUUCACAUAGCAUCGUAUCUGGCCGUUUACCACUGCUCCUCAUGAAAUGUACAACAUUGUCCGCAUCCAUUGCAAAAUUUUAUGAACUCUGUAUGAUAUCUCUUUAAUAGCGUAGAAAAAUAUGUGAUUUUCUUUACGCGGAACGCAUGCACCCUGUAGAGUGAUAUCACCAAGCGCUAAUGCAACGAAUGAUCAGGCUCCAAAUUAUUCGGCAAUUAGAAAACUUUUUUAAAACUUAAUUUUAUUCCUUCUUCGAGUAUGAAGUAUAAAGAAGAUGUGAUUUUCUAUUGAUUGACUAAAAGAAAGGAUAUUUUUGGUUAUGGUUUCUAUAAGAUAUAUUUGAAUUUCCAAGACCAUCAAAAAUCAAUGGGAAAAAUGCAUGCUACAUAAGCAGUCAUUUUUUGCUGAGCACGCUUUCUACGGGAGAUUGGAAAGAAGUGCAUUUAAAAGCUGACACCCUGCCAAGUCCGAAAUGCUAUAAGAGUAUGCCACAAGAUAAGCAGUAUUACAACCGCGACCAAGUAAUCCUUCUUAAUCGAAAACGCAUUUCAGAUUUUCAGCCAACAUUUCAUGAGAUAGGUCACUCCCUGUAGGAGUGGUAUGUGAAAGGAGCAUCCGAUGGAGGUACACAGAUCGGGACGGAAAGCUUGGCUUUCAAUCAGUAACUUAUCCUUCUGUCUGAGUAAAACUGGCAGUCUCGGAUCAGUUCUGAUCCCACUAUCCUAACUCCUUAACCGACUGAGUUGCCACUGCACCUCCAACUUUUGUCCAGCCUCCUUUCCUGAUAAACUGGUCUUGUCAGUAAAACGUGUUGGUUUUUUUAAGCCAGCCUUCUAUCCGUUUCUGCUUUUGUUUUAGAAAAGAUGCAAUCAGCAACGAGCAAUCAUGGAAUUAGUCCAAACGGAAGCAAACUACAUUAAAGUAUUGGAAAUGAUGAUUGAUGUAAGUGGUCAUCACCAUAAUUACAUCGACCCUAAAAGUGGAUUUGGCCAGACAGAAGAUCAGCCAUAAACAUGAGCCAAUCUACGAUUUCCCCCUUUGUUUACGUCAGUUAUGACCUAAGCCGAGCUAUCCUACUCAAAAAAUUUGAACAUUGCCGCUGAUUUUUGUCCUGGGUAUUUCUGUUCUAGAGAUCUAGAACGGUGGGCGCCUUCUACACGCGAGUAAAUAUCUCAUGAUAACGGUGAUAAAUUAUCUGAUGGUCAGGCCAUCUGCUCAGCCGAGCCCCGGCUGAAACUGUCAGGUCACUGGGCCUGGGAUUGAUAUAGGACAAGCUAAAGAAAGCGGGUGAAACAGAAACAGCCCUUAAAUUCCAUUUUCUUUGUCGGUUAAAUCCCUUGCGUCUUGAAUACCCUUAUGUAUAGAAGAAUCAGUGGCAAGGGUAUAGAUUGUGGCCAGGAUUACUUUCCCCGGGAUGAUUUGCGCUGAGCGAAAGAGCCAAAUAUCUUGGAACUUUGCGGUAUCACAAAUGUUGAUCCUCCACAUUGUCACCAUUUAAAAGAAGACUAUUUUGCCCCUUAUUGAUAAUAAUAAUAAUAAUAAUAAAGGAAUUUAAUAUCACCUUGAAGACGUUGUCAAAAAGGUAUAGCAUUGUCGUAUUUGUACUCCGAUAACUAUCUUAAAGCAUCAUGACCAGUCUCACGCAACUGUCACAGCGAGGUCUUUUUAUUUCUUUCUCUGUCAUGUGCAGAUAAAUGUCGCCAGUUAUUUUCUUUUAGCACAAUUGCUCCCCAAGAAUGUAACCCCGGCCAUAAGCCAGAUCCUUGCCGAAUCAGUAAACUGUAUAGUAGUCAGAUCGCGGUAGACCGUAAAAUGCGGAGAAGAAUGUAUAAUAUCUGUCCUUCAGGGCGUGCUCGGCUACGAGUAACAUUUUACGGCCAUCACAUCAUUCGGUUGUUCAUCCGAUAUGGGCAGGUAAUUCACAGAAUGAUGUUGGGGGAGGGGUGUGAUCAACAUGAAGCUAAGGUAAAUGGGCUAUCUCAUGAAGUGCUAGCUAAAAGGUGCUUUCAUUCGAAAAUACGUUCUAUGUGGAGUUGCAUUACCAAUUAUCUUAGAUUAUUUAAGAUAUUCCAGUCAAGUCAGCGUGCUCGAUUUCGAGCAAGCCUUUAUCCGACAGCUUGCAUAAAUUAAAAUCCGCGAAAGUGGCAACUUAAAUAGCAUGAAUUUAUCAUAUUGAUUUUCGGUGCUCUUAUUAAUUCAAAUACCCCCCAUGGAAAGCAUAAGAAAAAUUGGUCUUUCUUGUAUUCGUUGGUAGCAAAUUACUUUAGAUUUUUGCUUGAACGAAGAGUAUCUUUUGGUGCUAAGAACGUUUCAAGGGCAACGAUCUAGAGAAGGAUCCCACUUAACUGUCAGUAGACUGUGGAUCGUGCCAUAGAUGAUUAAUGAUAAAGAGGGUUUUUUGGUGGGACAGCACGCUAAAUAGUAAGCUGAAAAAAUGAAAGAAAACAGAGAAAUUGUUUGGACUUAUGCCAACAACGGAAAUAAGAGUAUUAUUAGACAAUAAACAAAAAGCAAAUUUCACAAAAUAACGGAUUUCGAGGUAAGGUUUGAGGUCGUGAGAAGAAAUUGUUGUUGGCAGUAUAAUUCCUGCAACAGCCCGCAAAGGCAUGUCAAGAUGAAACCUCAUAUAACGCGAUCCACAGUCUACUGACAAUUAAGUGGGGUCCUUCUCUAUACCGUUGCCGUUUCUAGUUAUGAGGUUUUUUAAAACUGCUAAACGUCCGAUUAUACAGCAUCGCCUCAGCAAGUAAUUAAAUGUUGUAAAUUAAUGCUCGAUAAUGCGGUCUACUUCCAGUGCAAACUUUUAUGAACCCUAUACGACGUCUUUUUAAUACCGUACAGAAAUGCAUGAUUUUUCUCCCACGAAGAGCAUAAGCUUGUAGUUUGGAAGACAUAAAUGCCAGAUAACUGCAGGUCGGGCUUGAAAUUAUUCGGGAAUUGAAAAAUUUUUAAAACCGAAUGGUACGCUACCGUAAAGUUUGAAACUGGAAAAUGACGUAAUUUUCUAUAAAAUGUGUGAAAGAAAAAAAUAUUUUUAUGCGUGUUUCAUGUGAAAUUUACACGACUUUAAAGGGGCAUCGAAAACCGACAUGAAAAAUUCACACUAUGUAAGUAGUUAUUUUUGCAGAGUUUGGUUUAUACGAGCCGCCGAAAAAGGCCCGUUCGAAUGUCGGCAUCCUGAGAAGACCGAAAUAUUUUAGUAUUAUGCUACAUGAUACUUAAUAUUACGACCAUAGAUAAGUAAUCCUUACGAAUGAAAAACAAAUUUCGGAAUUCCGGUCAACUUUUCAUGAGAUAUCUCAUCUAUGUGCAUGUAUGUAUAUAUACAUAGGUUUUAUACCGCUCUCCCGACAUAGGUUUUAGUUAAAAGCCCAGGCACGCGUUUCGCCGAGUUUUCUUCUUCUGUUACACAUGCGUAUAUCAAUUUAUGUUGUCAAUUGUUUUUUGCACCGAAAAUUCGCAACGGUCGAUUAUAAGCGCGAUUACUUAUCAAUUGCUCAUGUUCGGGCAUAUUACAGUAAUAGACAUUACGCUAUUUUGUUGGUGGAUAUGAAAAGCCCUAUGGUGUUGACGGGGCUUAAAACGCAAGCGUUAAUCCUGCCUAAAUAUUAAUGCUGUAAACAAGGAAACGUUUGAAAAAAGCGAAUAUACUCAAUUUCCUAACUGAGUGUUUGAGUGGCGAUAGUGCAUUGAGUCAGCGCUUUUCAUCAUACACGUAGGUUCAUGUUGCCGUCUUCCUGGAGCUUAACAAACCUAUGACUGACGCCAGCAUACCGAGUCGUGUCGGCUCUUAUCGCAGUUAUCAUUCUUCUGGAGGAAGUAUGCACAAAAGACGCCGAGAUAGUCUCUUUGAAAAGAUAAGGCCUUCAAACCGUCGCCGAAUACGAAGCCAUGCUGAAACAGGUAUCUCUUCAAGGGCGAGCGUUACCAGCAUCAACAAUGGGACAUUUUCCGAAACCUCCAGUUUCCAAAACUUCGGCAGUACAAAUUCGCUUUCAUCCAUCUCGGCACCACAACGACCGCAGCCUAUUCCUGAUGUCAGCGACAUUUUCGGGAAUCUUGGCCAAAUUUACAGAGCAAAUGUAAAAUUCUGGGAGGAUUGUUUCGAGCCCUGCUUUUCGGGAAGUCCACCCGGGGAACCGAAGCUCACUGUGAAGAAGCUCAAAGCGGUGUUUCUUAAGGUAUGUCCUGAGUAGGCCUAAACGCUCGUGCGGGUAAAUUCAAUGUCCUUAUCAUCCCUAUGCUCGGAGAGUAGUAGACGAAUAAGGCUACUUACUGCAUACCUUAAUCGUACAUUGAAAAAAGACUGUUUCAUUUGCUUUGUAAACAUAGCUCAGGAAGACCAGACGAAGAAGAAAGGUCUCUAGCAGACUAAUCAGGGUACCGAUGAAAAUUAGAAAAAAAAGACGAAGAGCUAAUUAUUUGGGACUCAUGUCUAUGUAAAGUUCCAAAACACGAACCUUCGCAUGAGUUUUUAGCAGCAUUCAGAAAGAAAACAGGUGUUAACUUAGAAAGCCUAGCAGGUUGUAGUUGAUGAAAAUAAGUCUAGUGUUUCAAACCACCCCUCCUCAGUAUGUCUUGCCGAUUCUGCCAGAAUUUUGGCGAUAGCGAGAUCAGGCAUCUCUUCCAGAGUUCCAGCCCCAAGCUCAGCGAUUUGUCGAUCUCCCCCGCCAUCAUUUUAACUACUUUAUCUUGAUCAUUAUGGUAUUAGUAACUUGCAGUAAAGUGAAAAUCUCUAUGUUGCUCAAAUGAUCUGAGGCCUUCAAGCUUUUAAACCAAUUUGCAUGUUUUUUUCAGUUUGAAACGUACUUUGAACCGUAUGUCGAGUAUCUGAAACAUUGCCACAGCAUCAUUUCCAAUGUGAAGACCUUGGAAGUCAAAAAUCGCCUCUUCGCUGCCUACACUGAGGUAAUGGAUGGUCCAGUUUUAAUUUUCUUCUGUGUUUGAGCCGUCUUUACGUGCAUGCUUUGUUAAAUAACCAGUCAGACGUACCAAAGUUUAGGUGAAACAUGCAUCUUACGUUUCUUCCAGCCCUCUCUUCAUCAACAACCUCAAAAGUAGUGGGAACGCGUUUAACCAAUCAGGUUACGGGACACGCACGUCCCGUUGCGCCUUGGGGCUCGCUCGAGAGACCUCGCAGGCAGUCACGUAGAGCGACCACUGGCGUGGGCGGAACAGAAACACCGACAAAGACAGCACACACUGGAAUGGUCCUUUCGGACUCAUUAGUCGUCGUCUGUUGGUAAACCCAAACAUAAGUCUGAAUGACCUGGGAUUCGAGUCCACAUCUUGACGGAUUAAUGCCCUCCCACCGUUUUUAACAUUUCCAACUGCAAUCGACAGAACAGCGGAAGCGUGGUUCGAUGUUGAAACGUUGGACUUCUAAACGUUCAAUAAGCAAAAAAUCCCGAUUUAAUUCCAGGACAGCCAGACCUGUGGUUGGAUAUGGCUGGCCCACGACGGCCUGUAGGCCGGGAAUGGUUCUAUCCGUUUCUCUUGUUUUGGCGGCUCUUCUUUUUUGAAUAAAUCCUAAAAAUGACCACAAUGGACUUCGGCUAUUCAAGCAAUCUUAAAUCGCAUCGAAGGCAAAGGAUAGCGCGUUACGUUUCGUUAGGGGCACGGCAGAUUGCGGAUAAUAAGUAAUACUUCACGGCCAGCCUACAUCUACUAUGGCUAUCAAAGAAUCUCAUAGCUGCGAAUCACUUUAAAAAAACAAUCCUGAGACAAAUGACCGGAUACGGUGCAGAAACGCAGAGGCAAGUAAGAUUAAUGUGAAUAUUUCCGAAGCGACCUAUUUCUUAAAACAGUGGGUUGCUAUAAAGAAUAGUUUGUUUCUCCCGUUUUUUUCCAGUGGACUACGUACCACAAUACACUACAUCAUCGUGAGAGCCUUACAAGUCUACUUCGGAAACCCUUUCAAAGAAGUAUGCAAUACGGACUUCUCCUUCAGCGUAUCAAGGACGAAACUCGCGACCCUGAGGAAAUAUGCGAUCUUGACGAAAUGGUAGACACUGAGAGUGAAACUAUUCGGUCUUCUUAUGCACUUGCUCUCUGUGUACCAACUUUCCGUGUCAUCGCCUACACAAUCUCUGGCCUGACUUUCUGCCUGCCGUAACUUUUAGCUUUCCGUGGUAAACGAAUUCGUCAAGAAAAUCGAAUCGGGGAUACCGGAACACGAGGAAAGGCUUGAACUCGAAAAAUUCCUCCAGCGAAUUGAAGGCUACUCCUACCUUAAAGCACUGCCCGAAGGACUGCAUGCCCAUGCCGACAGCCUAGCCGACUUGAAGACACGCUUACGACAACCAGUUUGCGUAGCGGGCCAGAACAAGUACAGAAUUCCAUUAACCGAAUUGACGGCAAAAGUCAAAUUUAGCAACGGCAAGGUUAGUCCCAGCGGAGAGAUGAUUACCUGUUGAUUAACAGAUUUUUUCGUUUGCGACUAUGCAUGUUCUCAUCUGGGACCGCACCUCUUGAAAUUGCAGAAAUAGAUUCACGGGUCAGUCUUAUGCUCAAUAUCAGGGAACUCGGGAGGGUUGGAAACCAAUAAGUACGCUCCCAAGUCAUAAACCUUACUUUUUCCACAUACACAAGACAAGGUAUAUACGGCCAAUUCCCCUAUUGUAGGAUAAUUAUACUAGCAAAACGUAACCCAAAAGAGAUAACUGUCACAAAAAGGGCAAAACCGCUUUUUUCACUGGAAGUCCCAAACUCCGCCGAUUUCAAAAUAUCAGCAAUUUUCAUACACAAUGGUUCAACCGUCUCAGAGGUGCUUACCAUUAUCAACUUGCGAAUCCCUUCGACAGCGGCCGCCGCCACUCUGUUGGGUGGUCGUCAGACUGACUGCAUAUUGGGAAGUGCCCGCAGUUACUAAACUGCAAUGCCAAAUAGGGGGUCCCAGUCAGUAACUUGUGCCAUGGACUCUAGGGUCAGAAACCUGGGCGAAUGUAGUGCCGCAAAUCCAAAUUCGGAUAGUGACGUAUUAGAGCACCCACUAUCACAAUCAAAGCUCGGAUCCGUAAAAGAGGUUAUGGAACGGGAAGAAGAUUCUCACCGUCCAUUGACUGUUGUGUAUCCUCCAAGACGACUAUGUUUGUGUCUUCAAAUACGCUCUGUUUGAACGUUUAAAUCGGACACCGAUGUCCAAUCGCUUUUUGUUGAACACGUCUGGGGUUGUCCGGGAGCAGGCCGGUGCAAAUUUAUCGCUGCAGUUCAAGCCAUAAUGAGACCAUAGCCACCAUGACCUUCAGGAUCGGUCCCGAAUAGGAAGAGGAGAAGUGGGACGACAGUUUGGAGGACGGUGUAUUCUGUGCAGAACUAUUAGAGAAGAGGCUGGUAGGAGUGUGAGACAAUGGGGCAGUCGUCCAGCGCCUUCAGUGAGGUCAUGUCUGAGUCGGAGCCUUGACUGAUCGGCAAAGACAGCCGGCAUCAGCCGAGAACCAGACUGCAGUUGGUGCGCACACACACACAAGUAGCCACGUGAGGCUGAGCUUUGCAACAUGUGUCCGGAGUUGAGCCACUACGACUUCAGUCCUUAACUAUUUCUUUCUGACUUCGCAAAGACAUUCAGUGUGGAGGCAGAGAAAUAUGUUCCCCAUCUCUGCAGAUCGUUUUGCUUUUCUGUGUCCGAGUUGAUACCAAGCCGUGUUGGUGACUAACAAAUGGGAAUCAAAACAAACUAAUCGUGCUGAACAUAUCCUGCAGGCCGAUCGGUGAACGCAAUUCCCCCAUACGGGAUAAUUACUUUUAUUUAGGUGAUGACAGUAUUAUUUAGUUUAAAAGUCAAACGGUAAUACCGAGGGAUCUACCAUACCCUGUCAAUGAUCCAUACGCACAGUAUACAGUGUCGCGCAUACGGCCACCGGCUUUGUUCUCCCUCUGCGCCUUAAUUGGUCAACCUCUUGCGUGAACCUACACACUAGCCGAUCACAUAGGAGUGACAGUUCGACCGUAGAUCCCGACGGGGAGGACGAAGAGCUUAGUCCUUAUACAAAAUCUGAUAACGAAUAUACGUGGACUGUCUAAGUUCUGCGAAUAUUCCCAUGUUACAAUUGAAAAGUCAAUUUGUCAAACACGUGUUUUCGGUAACUCGUCAUCAGGCCAAAACAGUUGCAUAGAAGUUCAAAAUAGGCGAACUUCACGGACAGAAUGGAAUCACCGAAGUAUGGAAGACCCGACGCUCGAACUCGCGAACUGUUAGUAAGAAGUCCACGCCUCUAACCACUGGGCCACGAGCCCGUUGCCCUGUCGGUUUUUGAUCGGGAAUAUACAAAGGUAGGGGGCGCUCACCGAUCAUUAUUACGGAACUCACACGUUCCAUUGUGCCUUACGGGCUCUCUCUCGACGGCUUAUAAGCCAGAAAUGGCCAUUCCAGUUUCCCUUGUCUUUGUAGCCAAUGCCAUUCUGCCUAUAUCAUGCGCCGCUGUGCGGCUGCUGGUUGGGCUCUAGAGAGAGCCCGUAAGGCACAACGGAACGAGUGAGUUUUGUAAUAACGAUCGGUGAGCGCCUCCCUCCCCCCCCCCCCUACCAUUGAAGUUCACAGGGUUUAUAAGCGAUUCAGGUGCUAUUAACACUCAUCAUUCCCACGCCGCCCACAUGGUGAGGCGUGUUAUUGCGUGGUCGGCGUGUUAUGUUCAUUGGGUCAAGGGGGCGAGGGGGAGGGGUGACAGGCUGUGAGUGAUGUUUGUAAGUGCACAUCACUCCCAUCAGGAGGUUGGGGCGACAUACAAUCGUAAUCAUUCUAUGUAACUGUUUUGGCCUGAUGACGAGUUACCGAAAACGGGUGUUUGCCAAAUUAACUUUUCAAUAAUUGAAUGAUCAGAAAUGUGAGUGUGGUGUGCGUGUCUACAAACGAACUUCAAGUUUACAUAAGACAAAUACAGUUACUACAAAAGAGUGCAUAAUACCAACUGCACCGUGCUAAUACGCCACUGAAGAUGCUCGGUUGGCCAUUCAAACAGUUCCACUCGAGGACGAAAUGCAAAACAAAUAUCACGGCUUCCGUGUAGUAGAUGAUAGUCGGACCGGUAGGCGGCAGCCGUGUUCCUUAAAGUACAUGAUUUACCUUGAGGUCAAUUAAAACCCUGAUGAAUAACUAAUGGUGACCAGUAAAUGACAACAUGAAGGAAACAUUUGAUUUUCUCAGUGCGUUUCUGGGCGUCGAAUGUUGAUUUUUCACGCGUCUUUGUUGGGGCCUUCAUAAUCUAAUGCACUUUUUGCACUUAUUGCAUAAUGCAGUUCUCAGACAACGAUUAAAGUAGCCUAAACGGCGCUGAUAUUGACUCCAACCUAAGUAAUACUUAUCGUCUUUUUAGAUCAGGGAAGCUGUCUGCAUCCUGCUGACUGAUCAAAUCCUCAUUUGCAAAGAGAUGCGCAAAAGCAACGGUCUCUCUGUUUGCAGGCCACCCAUCCCUCUUUCUCAUGCGCAAUUAGUAUCCAAAAGUAAGUAAAUUAUGAAGAAGAUGUUGAAGGCCUUCAGCUGAGACACGUACCUUUAACAGGCAGAAUACUAUGUGGAAAUGUAUUUUUGAGAUGAGACUUUGUGUCACAAAUCCGCGCAGGAGGCAAAAAUUACUGUCUUUGUAAUCCUAAUUAUCCAUCAUUCAUUUCUCCACAGUCUUCCGUAUUUGUAAAACACACCACGACCAAUGUGACGAAAACUCACCAAGAAUGUAAUACCAUAGCACUUGCUGAUUUUAAUAAAUCAGGUUUGGUGGUGACUUUUGGGUAAAAUAAAGUCCCUUUUAAAAAUUAUCUACUUAAUGGAAGAGGGUGAUUUCUCCCUCUAGUACACUGAAGGUCCCAGAUACCCGUUCAGCAGAAUAUUAUGAAGGAUACUUAGUCUCGAAGUGUUUCAGACAUGCCCGAAACCACCAUCAUGCAUCGGAACGAACUGUCCUCAAUGCGACAUUGCGCCCAAUAACAGCCGCCGACUCUGCCCAUUUCAGCUGCCGCUUUGACCUCUCCAUCCAGAGAGCCCUAGUAAUGGACCGGCUCCAACAACUUACCAGCCUGUGAAUUAGAUCUAGUUCAGGUUUAUCGGGUAACUGAAGAGUUCAGAAGCCGGUUCGACGAGCAUACGUCUGUUUUCGGUAAAUUCCCUUCACUCCUGUACAUUUGGAUGGCUAUUGAAACUGAGGAGUUCUGUUCGAAAAGGCCAUUGUAGACAGUAGGCUUUCAGUGGCGUAUUCUUACGGACCUAUGAGAGCUCUUGCUAAUGCAAAGCCACCGAAUGGACACAACGGAUCUCUUGUAUGCGCAGAUACAGAUACAGCUGUAUUCCAUGUGAUCGCUGCCGACUGGGACUAAGCUCGUGCCUAUUUUUCCCUGCUAAUUAACCUUCCUAAAAAAACCCACAAACUUCCGCUGGUACUAAGAAAUCAGCCAGUUUUAUGCUGGCCCGAUUAGAGCUGUGCAUAUAAUGAUGAUCCGGCUUCUGUUUGAUGUGAAAUUCAUCGUGGAAUCCCUUACCAUUGUGGGCAGUAAGUGUAUGCCUACUGAAAUCAAGUCUAGUUGGGGCAACAUGAUGUCUUAUUCCUUGAACCCCGAGUGUCCUAAGUGUCCUUGGAGUAUGUUUGGUAGAAAAUGUUACAGCAUUGUCCUAGAUGAAUACUCAAUGUUGACCGCUAUUUUAUCUCCCUGAAGGUGGUCUCCUCGCUAUUAUUGAGAGAGGAGAGUGGAGCUACAUCAAAGAGAUCUAUACAAUCAUCGCUGAGAGCAUCCUGUUGAAGGCCUGGUCGGAGCAAGUUCGACAAGCAAAGGUUAGUCGAAAUAAAGACGAGUAAAAACCGCGUACUAGGGAAGCUUAUUUUAAAAAUGCAAAUUGUUUUUCAAGAAUUUCGGCAGGCACAUGACGCCAACCCUUCAUCCGCAUAUGGUUUCUAUAUAAAGCAGACGGAUUUCGGAAAGCUGUUAAAAUAUUUGCAACCGUAGAGAUAAUGAACACUAUGCGGGAGGGAGGCUUCCGACAGUACGACCGCGGACGUGCGGGACAAGAAAGGCUUUGCUCUGAACAAGAUCGGGUUAAGUGUGGCUUCUCCGGCGGCGAAGCACUCUUAAGUUCAUAUGUCCACAGCAUUUUCAUAUCAGCACUCUCUGACAGACGAUCAGAUGGGCAGAAUGUCAUACAUUCACGUUCUCCGUCGGGCGAAAUUUAUCGACGAACGUGCAAAGCAGAAGAACUUGGUGGUCAACAACAGAUUUGCUGAUCCUACGUUGCGGCCCACAUGCAGUGCUCUAUGCUAACAAGCUUGGUCGAACAUCCCGGAUCGACUGCAGUCCAUGUUUAAGUGAUCCGUUGGCCGCGUGCUGUUCAAUAUGCUUUCAUGUGUAUUUAACCGUUGAAGGUUAUAUAAGAAUAGUUUAUAAGGAAUCAGGACGCUAAUAAGAACACGACGUCUCUGUGGGCCGGUGUGAAAAUAUGAAACUGCAAAUCACAGUAUUCUGAAAAGUCAUCAAAACAAGGCAACUGGGCAUUACCGACAAAGACAAGGGAGACUGGGAUGGCCAUUUCAGGCUUGGUAACCGUCGUCAGACAGUCAUACCCAACCCCAAAAUAUGGAACAACAGAGGCUCGAACUCGCGACCUGUUAGUUAGAAGUGCUCGCCUCUAACCACUGGGCCACGAGCUCCUUGCCCUGUCGGUUUCGAUCGGGAAUAUACAGUGAGCGCCCCCUACCAUUGCAUAUUCCCGAUCGAAAGCGACAGGGCAACGGGCUCGUGGCCCAGUGGUCAGAGGCGUGGACUUCUAACUAACAGUUCGCGAGUUCGAGCGUCGGGUCUUCCAUACUUCGGGGUUGGGUAUGACUGGCUGACGACGGUUAAUAAGCCCGAAAUGGCCAUUCCAGUCUCCCUUGUCUUUGUCGGUGAUGCUAUUCUGCCUAUAUCAUGCACCGCUGUGCGGCUGCUGGUUGGGCUCGAGAGAAAGAGAGCCCGUAAGGCACAGUGGAACGAGUGAGUUCCGUAAGAACGAUCGGUGAGCGUCCCCUACCCUUACAAGGCAAAUUCUACAUUUCAACAAUGAUCGUGCUCUGUCUCACAAACGUAUCUGUGUUUUCGCUCCAUUCCAAAGGAUUGGACGGCGCUGAGGCACAUAAACAAACAAAAUAGCUGAUUGACUACAAAUUCAAUAUCUCCUUAGAGCCAACGGACACCCAAGCGUUUUAUCGAGCAAAAUAGGCGCCAGGCGAGCAGACAACGGCCAAAGAAACAAACUUGAAGCCCAGAGAGUCGUCCUCUACGUUAAGGGAGUAUUCUAGGCGGUUUCUCGUCUGUUGUAACCCACCAGAGUGGUCCUGGCCUAUCGACCUCAGAAAACAGUUCGUCGCCGUUUGAUUUAUUCUAAGGGCACGUUACCGCCCAUUGAAAUCUAGGCAGUUGCAUACAAGAUAAAUUGCAAUGAUAGGGAUUACAGCUAUGCUGGGAAAUCCAGACGAAAAUUCCAUACCCGGCCAACAGGGGCACAAGAUGACAACUCGGAGGUUAGAUCCCGGACGAUUUCGUCGAACGAAGCAGGCACGGCCAAAAGAGCAGCAAUAUGAAGAAUGGAGGGACAUUACCCAUACCAAUGCGGGCUAUAAAGAGCUACGGUGAAAGCGAGCCAAGUUACGGAGUGAGGGUCACGUCAGGAAUCAACAACGGUGAUGAAAGUACGGUGACUGAUGACUCUGAUGCGGACCAACAAGCCGUCGAGAAGAAGACGCGAUUGCCGGGAUAAGAGCUGUAUUUACCUGACGUUUCGCAUUCAUACUGAAACAGCUGAUCGGAGAUAGCUUUAUGUACGGCCAACCGGUAAACAAAGCGUUGCAGUAUUUACUGAACGUAAUCGCUACGCGAGAGAAUGCUAAACAAAAUGUUGGGCUCUCCCCCUUCAUCGCAGAUUGCUGCCCUUGGUACGAUGAUCGCUUGAUGGCCGGUAUUCGGGCCGUUAAUCGCCGUAAUUUCAUUACCCUUGCUGGACGUUGGCAUGAUAAUUACUUAACCAUCCAGCUCACUAGCACUGGCGCUGGAAACGGGGUUCGCCGGCGUGUCCUGCGCGUGGUCAAUUAUUCCGCCCAAAUGUAUUAAUAUGGAGGGGACAGGCCAUUGCACUCGUUAACAGACUGCGGACCAGUGAACGAGUAGCUCGAGCCUCGUGCUAUUAUCACCUCUACCGAGAAUGCCGGCCUCGUCGAGUGGCUGCAUCCCGACGGAUAAGCUGUGAAUUGGAAGCUGGCAUCAUUUCUCCUCACUGCUGCGGCAUGUUCGGCCAUUCGCAUCAGGCGCAGUCUUCCAGUUUCCCGAAGUAUUUUCUCUGUCGCAAUUGCACCAUAUUUGAUAGGCUACUCCAGACAUUUAUUGCCCUGGCAGUGGGUCUUUUGGUCUCACUACCUGGCGCCUGAUAGUUGCCUCCGGCCUGUAUGCAAUCCCGACUCCAAGUGCUGGGAGAAGGCGUCUGACGACCUCCAGUGCAUUCUUAACUUACGGAGACGUUCGUCAGAAUUUGGAGUCACCCUUUUUAGUGUGACCUUUAUUGCAUUUUCACCGACGUGAGCUUCAAGCCGUCCUUAUUUCAGCCUGACACAUAAAGGGAGAAUCCGGUCAUGUUUGGCAGCCACUGCAUCCACGCUCAGCUCCAAUUCUUGACUUUGUUUUGCCAUCGAAGGAAAUUUAUGCAACAGAUGCUAUACAGGCCGGCCCCGCUAUGAACUCAUUUACAAGUGUGUCCACCGCUGCAUCCGCGAUGCUACUGUGUGUGCAUGUUCGGUUAAUUAUGCGAAUACCUGUGUGCGCAAAUGCGGAAACAUACCCGUGUCAUAACAUUUAUGGGCGCCGUAAAGUCAGAAAGCCUGUCAAGUGGGUUUUGACAGGUGGCAACAAGGCCAGAUGUUGGAGGACCGAUGAAUACAAGGCUUGUUCACGGUCUCCAGUGUAAGGAAUCUUGGUUUUCAGACGAGACAUGGGACUGGUACUGCCGAAAACAGCUGGAGGACUUGACCUUUUAGGCGUAUUGUUUCUUUUACUCGGCGAAAUAAUGUCUGUUCCCAAGCCUGCGCUUCUAGAGGAUAAUAGAACGGUUUUGAGUCCAUAAGAGUCUGCCUAUAGUGAUGCCAAAAAUGUGUCUAAUGGGCGCCAUUGUCCUAAUUUUCCCUUACCCAUAUCCUUUCCUUCCAGCGUACCUUGGACUUAGCACUCGGAGUCCCUCCAACCUCAAGUCAGUCUUGCGGCACGGCCUUGAGUGAUUCACGGACCCCAGGGCUCUCGCCAAUGUCCUCUGUGCACAGGUUCCCUGUCCCAACGGAGGCGGAUACCAGGCGGACUCGCACUCUGCCUGCGUCGACCGGCCUCCUUGGCUUCCACGAGUUGCCUCGCACUACCGUGGUGAAACGCCCUACAAUUCCACUGCCCAAAACGGUCGGCCGCGCUGCGGCCGAGAUGAGUCGGACGGUGUCCAUCCCUGACAACUUCCAACGGCAGACAAGCAGCCUGGAGGAUGUGGCUUGCAGCAGCAGUGGCAGCAUCAGUGACAGCAUUGGCGGUCAGGUCACCGAUAGUACAUCCUCACGAAAUAACUCUCUGAAGUCCAGCGGCACGAACACUUCGCGUGGGGAGGAGAGAGAUGAGACGGAUGGCCUCUGCAGGUCCGACUUCCCUGUCAGGACUGAAGUCAAUGUCACCGUGGGAAGUGAAAAACGCAAGGGGGUGACGAGCGUGGUCUAG